AUGCGCCAUCCUCCCCUCGAUCCCGUCUCGGCGACGCUGGCCGCAGGGCCCUCGCGACGGCGCUCCAACCCACUUCCCCGCGCUUCACCCCUCCCAGCCCGAGUUCAGUCGAAGCUCGACCUCCUUCAACACCGCAAGCUCCACCCGCCAUCUCCAUCCCGCUUGCCACGAGUGGCAACGGAGUGUCCCCACGCCCAAGCGGUUCCCCCGAAGAUGUUCGGGAUGGCCAGUAAAGCCGUUCUUGCAGUGUUCGCGAGCGCGGGGGCGUGCAGGCACAUCCGGCCGCGCUUGGCCUGCAUGCCGACGGCUGAGCACUUGCCCGACUUCAACACCAGCCCCACCGGUACGGUCACCGAGUACCAACUCGCGCAAGGAUCGACUGUCGCCACGCCCGCUGAGCGCCAGCCAGCCACCUCGCCUCCCGUUGCGCCCACCGAGCAGCAGCCAACUUCAGCAGAUGCCCAACUACCAACGCCUGAUGAUAACUACCAACCACGACACCCGCCCUCGUGCCGACCAGGCACCUGGCAAAGGCCGGAAGGAGAAGAAACCAAAGCCGACGAUACACAGAAUCCCCAUGAUCCAGCGCGCCGCGAUGACCGCCUACCAUCGCGAGGGCUAGGCCAAGUGUGA